GUGGCCUGACUGUAAACCAGGGCCAGACUGCUGAGCUGUUUCUAUGGUGCUACAUCAGAGGCUUAGGCCAAUCACAUGGCUCGUGGGGGACCGUGUGGGCUGUAGUAGCUAAGAGAGUAAGUUUGUGAAUUUACUUUUGUUUGGUACAGAGAAGACAACUUUCCUAGGAGAGCGCAGGAGAAGAAAACUCAUCACUUUCGAUGGAAUGACGACUGGUUCCUGUUGGCUGCAGUCUCAGCGUGGACACUGAGUCUUUGAAGCUAUUGAGUUUAGUCACUUCCACUUGUAUUGCUGUAGAACACUUUCUUCAUGUUUUAUGGGAGGGAAGUGAGCAAGCGACGAGGAAGAAUUCACCCUGAAAACAGGGUCAGAAAGAAGUAGUUUUUUUGGAACCUGCUCAGGACAGAACGAAAGUUGUAGAGAGAAAACUCAGUUGCUAUGGCAGAUAAUGUUAUAGAGGAGACCGAUAACUACCCUGGCAAAGAUGAGCUGGACUGGGGCUAUGAAGAAGGUGUUGAAUGGGGUCUUCUGUUUCCUGAGGCAAAUGGAGAGUACCAGUCUCCCAUAAACCUUAACUCUAGGGAGGCCCGCUGGCAUCCACUGCUUCUGGAGGUGGGGCUUAACCCCAACUAUGUCGUUUGCAGGGACUGUGAAGUCAUUAACGACGGUCAUACUGUGAGGAUCAUGCUCAAGUCCAAAUCAGGUAUAACAUGCUGAACAUUCACUAAAAAUGAUCCUUCUGCCAUUAUUUACUUUCUGCCUUCAGUGCGCUUCCACUGGGGCAAAGAGAACCAGAGGGGAUCUGAGCACACUGUCAACUUCAAGGCUUUUCCUAUGGAGCUUCAUCUCAUCCACUGGAACUCUACAUUAUUCAACAGCGUGGAGGAGGCCAUGGGCAAGAAAAAAGGCAUCCUUAUCAUCGCCCUGUUUGUGCAGAUUGGGAAGGAACACCUUGGGCUGAAGGCCAUCACAGACGUCCUGCAGGACUUGCAGUAUAAGGGAAAGACAAAAAUAAUUCCAUGUUUUAACCCCAACACGUUACUGCCUGAUCCUCUCUUAAGAGAUUACUGGGUGUAUGAGGGCUCUUUAACCACACCGCCCUGUAGUGAGAACGUCACCUGGAUUCUUUACAGUUACCCGCUUACCAUCUCUCAGAUGCAGUUAAUUUUGGGCCCCGCUCACAUGCACCCCUCCACUGUAGUGCACAGAUUGAAAGAGUUUCAUCGUCUCAGGUCCCAUAUUAAAGGAGCAGAGCUUCCAGAAGGCAAUGAUGGGAUGCUGGGGACAACUUCAGACCCACCCAGCCCCUGA